CAAACGGUCACACUUUAAUCGCAGUGAAGUGGUAACUAGCUAGCGACCUUAUUCAGCAGCUAGCUGCAAAUAACAGCAUGGAAGGGAAAGAGUUCUGGAGCCGACCAAAAGUAGAGCAGCUCUGUAACCUAUGGAAAACAAAGCCCUCGCUGUACAAUCUAGACCAUGCAUGUCACGAUAGGUGGCAGAAAAGACGCGAUUCCGAAGAAAUUGCUCAACAUUUGGGCACAACCGUUGAAGAACUCCUGAAGAAAAUGAAGAAUUUGAGAAGCCAGUACGCCAGAGAGAGACGAAAAACACGCUUUUCCCCGAGUGACAACUGUCACGUAUCUUCAUCUAAGUGGUACCUCUUGUCAGCACUGAAGUUCUUGGAGAAGUCAGAUGCCCCCUUAUCAAGCACUGCAGAAGUCAGUGCAGAGGUGAAAGAUGACAGGUUUCACCCAGGUGAAGUCAGCACAGAGGAGAAAGCCAAUUUGACAAACGAGCUGAGGAACGGUCAUGUCACCAGUGCUGUCACAGAGAAACGGAUACGGCUCGCACAAGACGAGAGGACAGACGCGGUGAAUGUCAGGGAGCCUCCCGCUGAAGAUGCCUUUGACAUCUUUGGCAAAUUCGUAGCCUCUGAACUGCGGCAAAUGGAGAACGCCCAGAUGCAAAAGCUGGCAAGACUGCGGAUACAACAGGUGCUGGUGGACGUUCAAAUGGGCACAGCUGUCCUCGCGCCUCCUCACAAUGAGUAGAAACUCAGUGCUUCCCAGAGUGGUGAAAAACUCCAUGGCGGCCUUCGCAAACAGCAGGGGUGGAAAACUACAGC